AUGACCAGGGACCAACAAGUGACCCUUUCUGAUAUUAGAGGGAAGGAGAGGAGUGUUUUUGAACACCAGAAUGCAACAGUGAACAGCAGCAGCGGCAGCAGCAGCAGCAAGACAAUGCACAGCGUUAGAGUUCAGCAGACCUACUGGUUGGAUGAAAGAUCCGAACUCAGACUCCAGCAGUUGGGAGCGGUUCUGACUGACGAGGUCGUCGUGAAGGAUGACUACUAUGACAACGACACGUUCGAUUUGGCCACCAACCAAAUCUGGCUGAGUCAGAGGGACUCGCAGUGGCAGCUCAUCGUCGCGCGCCCAACAUCGAACGCAAACGGAGGUGACGGGAGACGGGGAGAACGCAGCUCGCUGGUGUCCAAGCCAGAGGCAAGGAGGAAGGGCAGGAGUGAGAACACGGGUGGUGCGACUUCAGGGGAAAGCUACGAGCGCAAGCACGGUUCGACACCGAAGAACAGCACCAAAGAAGGUCAAAGAAAACAGGUCAAAGGACCGGGAGAAAGGAACUCAACAGAGGAAGACCAGGCAGCCACGGAACCUCGUCUGAGAGGGAGAACAAGCAGCGACGAAGCUGAUGCAGUUACCAAAGAGGAGCCUCGAUAUACUCACGAGGAACUGCGGGCACACCAAGAGAUCAUGGAGUACAUUGCACAGUUCCUGCAGAUCUCUUUGGUGAAGGCAAAGGAGCAGGAGGAAGGAGACGCAAACUUCAACCAGUUCCUGCAGCUGGCUAAAAUCCACCACUAUGCAAGUUGUCACUCGGCCAAGAGGCGGACGUACGCGCUGGACGAUACCUACAGAGUGGUGAUAGAGAAGGAUGAGCUGGCUCCUAGAUGUGUGGCCAGAAUGGAAGUCGAUGCAGAUGUGUCCAAUAUCAUCAGAGAGCUCGAUAAGAUGGACGAAAUUGCAGUGCUUUUGAGAAUGGAGCCUUGUCAGACUGAGCAGAUUUUAGCUUAAUAUUCGCAUUCCAGUCCCAGCAGUCACAGAGACAAUAGACAAUAGGUGCAGUACGCCAUUCGACCCUACGAGCCAGCACCGCCAUUCACUGUGAACAUGGCUGAUCAUCCACUGUCAGUAACCCGUUCUUGCCUUCUCAACAUAUCCCCUGACUCCGCUAUCUUUAAGAGCUCUAUCAAACUCUCUCUUGAAAGCAUCCACAGAAUUGGCCUCCACUGCCUUCUGAGGCAGAGAAUUCCACAGAUUCAGAACUCUCUGGGUGGAAAAAUCCUUCCCAUUCUACGUUCUAAAUGGCCAACCCCUUAUUCUUUAAACUGUGGCCCCCUGGUUCUGGACUCCCCCAACAUGUUUCCUGCCUCUUGCGUGUCCAAUCCCUUAAUAAUCUUAUAUGUUUCAAUAAGAGACCCUCUCAUCCUUCUAAAUUCCAGAGUGUACAAGCCCAGCCGCUCCAUUCUAUCAACAUAUGACAGUCCCGCCCUCCCGGGAACGGGCUCUUCAGAUCACCCACCAUCAACCACUCCUUCAACUCAUCCAACGAUUAUCCAAUUGCUUUUAUGUCUGCAUUUUGUGUCUAUCUUCGGUGUAAACCAGCAUUCCUUCCAAUAAAGCUGCAUCUUGGUACAUGUUUAGUUUAGUUUAGAGAUAUAGCACGAAAACAGACCCUUCGGCCCACCGGGUCCGUGCCGACCAGCGAUCCCCGCACACUAACACUAUCCUACACACGGUACAGACAAUUUACAGUUAUACCAAGCCAAUUCGCCUACAAACCUGUACGUCUUUGGAAUAUGGGAGGAAACUGGAGAUCACGAGAAACCCCACGCAGGUCACGGGAAGAACAAACAAACUCCAUACAGACAGCACCCUUAGUCAGGAUCGAACCCCUGGUUUGCGGCACUGACCCACACCCUCGUCUGCUUCCUUCAGAUUCUACAAUUCACCCACACAGAAGGAGUGGCCAAUUAUCCAACCAACCUACAAGCCUUUGGGAUAUGGGAGGAAACAGGAGCACCCGGAGAAAAUCCAGAUGGUCAGAGUGUGAAAUUUGCAAACUCCACAGAGACAGCGUCCGAGGUCGGGAUUGAACUCGUCUCACCAGAACUGUGAAGGAGCAGCACCACCAGGUUGAAAACCAUUUUGAUCCAUUGUACAAUCUGGACUGUGAAAACAUAGACAGUUUCUCCAGGUGCCAUGCUUUUAAUGUUACAGAAGCUGGAAAUGUGUUUUAUGGACUCAAAAUGCAAACUUUCUCAUUUAUA